GCGGGAGCAGAGGAUAAAUAGCAGCCUUGCUUCCCGGGCUCCUCUCUGCAUCCCCCCACCUCCCCAACACCAUGCGCCUUGCCAGUCUUCUCAGCUCCUGCUGCCUCCUACUGCUCCUGGGGGCCCUGCCGGGAUGGGCAGCCAAUGAUGACCCUAUCGAGAAGGUCAUUGAAGGGAUCAACAGAGGGCUGAGUAAUGCAGAGAGAGAGGUGGGCAAGGCCCUGGAAGGCAUCAAUAAUGGAAUCACUCAAGCUGGAAGGGAAGUGGAAAAAGUUUUUAAUGGACUUAGCAGCAUGGGGAGCCAGGCCGGCAAGGAGGUGGACAAGGGGAUCAACCACGGCUUGGACAAGGUAGCCCAUGGGAUCAACAAUGGCGCCGGACAAGCAGGAAAGGAAGCAGAGAAGUUUGCCCAUGGGGUCAACAACGCUGCUGGACAGGUUGGGAAGGAGGCAGACAAAGUGAUCCAUCAUGGGGUCCAUCAUGGGGUCAACCAGGCGGGAAGUGAAGCAGGGAGGUUUGGCCAGGGGGCCCACCACGCCAUGGGGCAGGCUGGGGAUGAGGCUGGGAGGUUUGGCCAGGGAGCCCACCAUGCUUUUGGUCAGGCUGGGAAAGAGGCGGAGAAGUUCGGUCAUGGGGCCCACCAUGCUUUUGGUCAGGCUGGGAAAGAGGCGGAGAAGUUGGGUCAAGGGGCCCACCAUGCUUUUGGUCAGGCUGGGAAAGAGGCGGAGAAGUUCGGUCAAGGGGCCCACCACGCUGCUGGUCAGGCUGGGAAGGAGGCAGAGAAGUUCGGUCAGGGAGCUCAGAAUGCUUUUGGUCAGCCUGGGAGGGAGGCAGAGAAGUUUGCUAAGGAGGGCAACCAUGCUUUUGGUCAGCCUUCAAAGGAGGCAGAGAAGUUUGGUCAGGGGGCCCACCAUGCUUUUGGUCAGGGUGCAAAAGAGGCAGAGAAGUUUGGUCAAGGGGGUCACCAUGCUUUUGGUCAGGCUGGAAAGGAGGUGGAGAAGUUUGGUCAGGAGGCCCACCAUGCUUUUGGUCAGGCUGGGAAAGAGGUGGAGAAGUUCGGUCAUGGGGCCCACCAUGCUUUUGGUCAGGCUGGGAAAGAGGCAGAGAAGUUCAGUCAGGGGGCCCACCAUGCUUUUGGUCAGGCUGGAAAGGAGGUGGAGAAGUUUGGUCAAGAGGGUCACCAUGCUUUUGGUCAGGCUGGGAAAGAGGCAGAGAUGUUCAAUCAGGGAGUCCGCUACGCCGCUGGUCAGGCUGGAAAUGAGGGAGAGAAGUUUGGUCAAGGGCUUCACAGUACUGCGGGCCAGGCUGGGAAAGAGGCAGAGAAGUUAGGUCAGGGGGCCCACAAUGCUUUUGGUCAGCCUGGGAGGGAGGCAGAGAAGUUUGCUCAAGAUGGCAACCAUGCUUUUGGUCAGCCUUCGAAGGAGACAGAGGGGGCCCACCAUGCUGCUGGUCAGGCUGGGAAGGAGGCAGAGAAGUUUGGUGAGGGGGCCCACCAUGCUGCUAGUCAGGCUGGGAAGGAGGCAGAGAAAGUGAUCCCAGCAUCCCAGCAUGGACUUAGCCAUGCAGCAGAGGAGGCGCUGCAGUUUGGCCAGGAUCCUCAUCCUGUGGCAGGGCAGGUUGGGAAAGAGGGAGGCAAAAUAACCUAUAGUGUCCAUCCUGGUGUCAACCAGGCUGGGAAGGAGGUGGAGAAGUUUGGCCAGGGAGUUCACCAUGCCGUUGAACAGGCCGGAAAGGAAGCAGACAAAGUGGUCCAAGGGGUCAACAAUGGGGUCAACCAGGCCGGGAAGGAGGCAGAGAAAUUUGGCCAAGGGGUCAACCAUGCUGCUGGUCAGGCCGGAAAGGAAGCGGAGAAACUUGGCCAAGGUGCCCACCAUGCUGCUGGCCAGGCCGGGAAGGAAGUGGACAGGUUGCAGCAGGAUGUUCAUAAUGGGGUCAACCAAGCCAGCAAGGAGGCCAACCAGCUGCUGAAUAGCAGUCAUCAAGGAAGCGGGGCUACCGGCCAGCACGGAGGGGGCGCAACCACUACAUUAGCAUCUGGAGCCUCGGUCAACAAGCCCUUCAUCAACUUUCCAGCCCUGUGGAGGAGCGUCGCAAACAUCAUGCCCUAAACUGAUGCCCUGGCCUUGCUGAGCAGAUAAAUGUUCCUCUUGUCACACCAGCUGAAAUGACCGGAGGAGCUGGGGGUGGGCAUAGGUUCUCGGAGUCCCUUAAGGGGGCUGUACUAAGAUUUGUGAAUAAAAGUGACACAAUGUCCUCUUCUCA